AUGAGCAGAGAACAAUCAACAACAAAUGCAUCGGCAGUUUCAAACGGUGCAGAAAUUCGUCGGCGUAUCAAUGUUCAACGCAUGCAAAAUGUACUUCUAAUCUGGUUAGACAACAAUAUCGACGAGAACAACGACGAUUGUCAAAAUACAAUCGCACAAUUGCGACAAGCUGUCAACGACACCAAUACAUUUACAGAUGCAGAUCAAUGUCUGGAAUUUAUUCAAACAAUCAUCGACAAAAAGGUAUGCAUGGUCAUAUCUGGAUCACUUGGACAACAUAUUGUACCUCGCGUGUAUAGUAUGUCCCAAAUUGAUUCAAUAUUUAUUUUCUGUGGUAACAGAAAACGUCAUGAACAAUGGACAAAAGAUUGGCCCAAAAUAAAGGGUGUCUUUACAGAUAUUACAUCCAUCUGUGAAGCACUCAAAUCAGCAGCUCAUCAAUGUGAACAAAAUGCUAUUCCCAUGAGUUUCGUCGGAUCAAAUAAAAGGUUGGAUCAAUUAGAUCCUUCUUUUAUGUACACUCAAAUUAUCAAAGAAAUCUUAUUAACCAUCGAAUUCGAGCAAGCACACAUCCAGAAUUAUAUCGAUUAUUGUCGCAAUGCUUUUAAAGGUAAUGCAAAAGAAAUUGAAAACAUUAAACAAUUGGAAGAGGAAUAUUACGGAAGAACACCAAUUUAUUGGUACACCUGUGACAUGUUCUUGUAUCCAAUGCUCAAUCGUGCAUUACGAUUGAUGGAUGGUGAUAUCAUUAUACGUAUGGGUUUCUUUAUCAGUGAUUUACAUCAACACAUUAAACAACUGCAUCAAGAACAAUAUACUAGUAUAACUACUGCUGACACCUUCAUCGUUUACCGUGGUCAAGGAUUAUCUACAGGGGACUUCGAACAACUGAUGAAAACCAAAGGAGGUCUGAUUUCUUUCAAUAACUUCUUAUCUACUAGUACAGCUCGCAACGUAUCAUUGGGUUUUGCUCAAAAUGCUAUAACAAAUCCAGAUCAAAUAGGAGUUCUUUUUAUCAUGAAAAUUAAUCCUGAACAAUCAACAACAGCAUUUGCCUCCAUUGCUGGAAUUAGUAAGUUCCAAGAAGAAGAUGAAGUCUUAUUUUCUAUGCAUAGCGUUUUUCGUAUACGCGAUAUUAAACAGAUGGAUGGUAAUAAUCGUCUAUAUGAAGUUAAUUUGAUACUAACUGCUGAUAACGAUCCAGAGUUGUCAAGACUUACAGAUUAUAUUCGACAAGAGAGUUAUCCAGACUCUGAAGGAUGGGCACGAUUGGGAUCAGUACUAAUUGAUAUGGGUCAAUUUGACAAAGCUGAAGAGAUUUAUAAAGUUUUACUUGAUCAAACAAACGAUGAUGAAGAUAAGGCACCACUUUAUGCUAAUAUUGGUUUAAUCAAAGAUGAUCAAGGAAAAUAUGAAGAAGCACUUACACUCUAUGAAAAAUCACUUGCUAUUUAUCGAAAAACUCUUUCUCCUGAUCAUCCUAGUUUGGCUAUGUCCUACAACAACAUCGGUAAUGUGCAUAGAAGCAUGAGUAAUUACCCAGAAGCACUUUCAUCCCACCAAAAAGCUCUUAAAAUUCAACAGCAAUCACUUCCUUCCAAUCAUCCUGAUUUGGCUUAUUCCUACGGUAAUAUUGGUAAUGUACAUGCCGAAAUGCGUAAUUAUCCAGAAGCACUUUCAUCUCAUGAAAAAUCCCUUGAAAUCAGUAAACAAUCACUUCCUUCCAAUCAUCCUGAUUUGGCUUCUUCUUACAACAACAUUGGUUUGGUACAUAGAAACAUGGGUAAUUAUCCAAAAGCACUUUCAUCUCAUGAAGAAGCCCUUGAAAUCAAACAACAAUCACUUCCUUCCAAUCAUCCCAGUUUGGCUUCUUCUUACAACAACAUCGGUUUAGUACAUGAAGACAUGGGUAAUUACUCAAAAGCUCGUACAUGUUAUGAACAUGCUAUACAAAUUGCACAACAAUCAUUACCUUCAAAUCAUCCUGAUCUUCAGUUAUAUACAAAUAACCUCGAAGAUGUAAAGAACAAAUAA